UUUACAUUCUGAUUUUCUGUGGCAAAACGUUACUACUCUUCAUUCUUAUUUUUGUUGAUGAAAGAUGACAAUCAUUCAACAGCCGUCGUCUUUCGUUCAUAUACAUAGCAUUCUUUUUUUGUGGUCACUGAGAGGAAGAUAUAAAACUGUUCUGCUCAAUAACCAGAGAGAUUUAUCUAGUGGUUGAGUUUCAGAGGAAGGCUUUCUGACGGCCAGAGAACCCUUUGAGCAGGUCAAUUCUGUUCUUGUCCAGUAGGAGACACUAACAAGACUCUAGGCAAGUAGACUUUCGGUCAAGUGUCGGUGUCGGUACUCCAGUCCAAGCAUUGCUGUGUCUUUUGAAUUUAUGAUAUCUGUAUGAGUGUGCAGAGCACCUUUACCCAUUGAUCACACAACAGGAGUCUGUUUUCGAGCACCCCUUUCCCCGAUCUAUGUCUCCAUCUGCUCCCACCAUUAUUUCAUGCGAUUUUGAUUGAUGUAUAAGUAGAUGUUACUUGAAGUAUUCUUGAACUAGGUAGAUUACAAGGAAGUGCAACAUAUUAUCAGGUAUCUAUGUAUAUGCAUAUGACAAAAGAACAAUAGUUGAAUUCAACACUCAUUGUUAUAUUUGUAAUCACCCUCCGAUUUUCUUCGGUCACUCACUGUUGUACGAGUACGACUCAUUCAUCGGAAGUGAAAUAGAAAAUGACUUGAAGCAACUAGAAUAAGCAAGUAGACGGAGACAAUAUUUGGCAAAAAUCUAAAUGAUCACCGUCUUCAAUCACAGAUAAAGGCGUAGGUUGGAAAUGGUCUGAGUUUUAUGUGCGGUGGUCCCGGCUGGUCUGGCCGGGAUCGGUUUGGCCUUCACGGGCGCUGAUCAGGAGGACGGAAAGAUUCCUUAUUCCGGAGAUGGACGAGGCGGAUCCGCGAGCAGCAGCACAGGAGCGAGGAACAAGACGAUUACGUCAUCUUCGUCACCGAAAGGCGGCGCUGGAGACUCGUCUUCUGCUUCAAGAACGAAUAAAGCUUGUAUACCCGACAAAGUAGCAAACGGCGACAUGGUGCAAGCUGGGAGCGGCUUUGUGGCGGCGUCAAAUGGGCGUAGGCGACCCGAGUUCCCAUUUCCACCGGUUCAUGCAGAAGGCGAGGCCGAGGAGCCACUGGUGGACCGACACUUUUUAAGGCUACUCCUACCCGUACAUCCACUGGCACUGACUGAUGAAUAACUUGUCCCUUCUUAAUAUUUUCCUUCUAAAUUGUCUACUGAACACUAGCAGUAGUUGCAUCCCUCCGUCUUUUUAUUAGAUUGAGCACCGGGCAAGAACAACAAUGCCAUCGUCCUUACAAUCCAAGCUCAUUGUAAGUAGUUGUUUUUUAUACUUGACUUCUAAUUUUCAAGAAGCCUUCAGAUGCGAGUUCUAAGGAGAAGAGGAUCGUACAAAGUUUGAAGGAGUUCCUGGAGGAAGACGAAAAGGAAAAUGACGUUCUUUCGCUCGAUGGAUGCACGCCAAGUACAGCAUCGGGUGGAGAGGGAGAGACAGAAAGCAUCAGGUACUUCUUCCAACUUUUGUUGAUUAAGAUUGCUACAACCAGAACGUUGAGGUUGGUUUUACAACAGUGUUGUAAGAGGCGCCAUCCUACAAGUGCAAUCAUAUCACGUAACUAGUUCCGAUUCCGUUUGUUGGCGACGCAACGUUAUCAUCGUCCUUUUUAUUCGUGGAUCGUGAUGCUGUUGACCUUGACGUCUGAUACUCUUUUUUGAAAAUUUUGCAGGUUUUCACGCGGCAGCUCUUCCGUUGCCUGUUCGCGUGAUGGGCCGACACGUCGUUUGUACUUUGGGAGGCAGGCAAAUGGAGCGAAGGUAAAAGGGCGCUUGCAGGGAAACAGUUGCUCUACGUUACUUCUCGAGGCCCCUCCUCCCGAGCGGCCCAAGAGCGCUUAGCCGCAGGCGGAAGCCGAAAAUGUUUGAUUGGGUCUGUUUAGACGGCCGCCUACUAUCUUUUAACUGAUGUAUGGUUUCCUCCUCUCCGGUCAACUCUUGCCGCUUUUGGAGAGCGAACAACCAGUCAUUUGGAGAUACCGAUACGUGAAGAUGUUGAGUCGUGCGGGGGAGAAGAUGUGCAAGUUUAUUGUUCACACAUCUCGUCCUGGACAACAAUUGUUCCGGGUCGUCAAUCCCAACAUGAAAAAAGCAUACUUGAUAUUGAAAACGUAUGAUUCUUUAUCAAGUUCAAGCGCAAGUCGAUGUCGUCGGAUAAUAUCUACACGAGAACAGGCUUACUUUUAAAUCCUCCAGCACUUAUUGAAGUAGAACUACAAGUAUCUUGAAGAAGAUUCUCAUCGUGAAGAUACCUUGUGACGUCGGAUGACGACAACGAACCUCAGCUAUUUUUGUUGGAUACUCCCUUGUGGCGUAGCCCUACUAAAUUCUAGCGGAAGAGCUUUGGUUGUCGGCACUGACUGAUGUUUUUUGUUUAUAUCCAUAGAUAUACGUAGAUGAUGGCGAAUAUGAAUAAAUUCAAAUUUCUAUUUAUGCUGACUCUUGUAGUUUUUUCUUUGAGGAAAUUUUGAGGUUCUUGAUUUGUGUUUCGGAUACAUAAGAUUGGCACUUUAUGAUGUUCUCGGAAGAGGUAUUUCAGCUUGAUGGUGCUUAGAAGAAGUUCAUGUUGAGGAGCAAAACGAUACAUAUGAAGCUUUCAUCCGCAACUACGAGAAGAAGGAACAAUUGCAAUUAAGCAACGAGAACAAGGCUAGCAUGAUUAGACUGCAACAUUCGAUUUCGACUACGACUGCUAGAAGUGCUAUGGAAUUAAACCGAGGCUCCUGCCUUGACAAUGGAUUUUGAUGCACUUCGAUUUCCUAUCAUUGCUCUUUAAUGUAAAGCUCAAUAUACAUAGAGGCAUGAUCGAUGGGUUGUGUUUGAUAGUUCUACAUUGAUUCAUUUAUACUUCACCUACUCCUGCUACUGCCUCUGUCCCGAUAAAGGAUUGAAUAGAUCAUGAAUCAAGGCGCACAGGUAGUACGCAGGACAACAUGUAGAUGC